GAACAAAUUGAGGUCCUAGUUGAGGACAUAAAACAGAUUUGCAGUCAAGAAAUAUUAGAGAAAGAAUUAGGUUUCCUAUGCCUAUACUAGCCUACUUACUACUUGCUACUUAGUUAUUUUUAAAUAUUUUUAUUUAUAACUAAAUUAACUUAUUCAUUUAGUAAUUAGCUUACUGUAACUAAUAUUUGCUAAUUGCCAUCCAUAAAAAUGUUGUCACACAUCUAUUAAAAAAAAGUGGGGUUGGGGGAUUGUUAAGUAGUAUAAGUAGGGCAUCUUGAUUUUAUGUUUGUCAAAUUUUUUACAAUGGUGGGGGGAAGGGGGGGAUCCCAAAUCUGAAUUAUUUAUGGCUUGCCUGGAUGGCCUCUUACUAUUUCUAAUCUUCGUCCAUAUGGGGACUAAAACAGCUCUUUGCCAGUCUUUUGGAAUGCGUCUUUUAAAAUUCUUCAUUAUCACACUUUUUGAAUUAUGAUUUAGACUAACUCUUUUGCUGCGGAAUUUUUUUAUCGAAAAAAUGUACAUUUUUUUCAAAGAGCAAAAAAUAGUGAGAGGUUGGGUUUAUUAAAAAAAUAUUUAAUAUAUUAUAUUUUGGUUUUAUAAGACUAAACUUGGUAUCAAAUGAAAGUUAAUUGACCAAUAACAAAGAAACAAACAUGAUAUUGAAACAAUGCAGAGUGCGUUGAUACAUGCUUUUGAGAAUGGCGGAUGAACGCACUGUGCGGUGUGCCGCAGCGAAAGAGUUAAAAACUGAAAUAAAUUUAAAAUUAUGAUUAGAAAAGUUAAAUUUCGGUCCGAAUCAAGUGCACCUUUUCUUUUCAGUAAUCUACAAAAUGAUAAGUAAAAUAACUGAAUUUAAUUUGAUGAAAUUUAAUUUUUUUUAUUCAGAUGAAUUGAGUAUUUUAUUAAUUUUUUUUAUCACUAUUAAAAUUAAAAUAUUCCACUUUAAAUGACAGAUCAUGUUUGCUCCUUACUGUUUGACAAAGAAACAGGAAUUAAUAACUUUCUCCAGAAGAUCAUCGAAAGUACAGAGGUAAACCAUUGUUUAUGGCACUAUUGUUAGUCAUUGGUUUUAGAUAAUAUUAAAUGGAGAUUUAAAUAUAAAAUAUGACUUUACUAUUAAAUUCAUUAUUUAUCGUUAGGGAACAUUAAUGGUAAGAAAGUUAUCAAGGUUCUUGUAGCAGAUAAUUUUAUACCUUAUAAUUUCUUAGUACAAAUCUUGCUAGUUAAUGUACAAUUUUAAGUUAAUUCUUUUCACAGCUGUCAAAUGGGAAAGCAUCAGCUCUAGCUCUGCUAUCUGAGUUUUUACAGAAGAUUGAAAGAAAAGUUGUUCCUUAUGCCAUUUAUAUUAAGGUAUAAAUAAAGAUUAACUAUAUUACUCUGUUGAUUAAGCUUAUUUUUUCAUUACUCCUGUACAGGUCAUUCUCUAGUUCUGAAUCUGUUUGUUGAAACAAGUGAUGUUGAAAACAUCUAAAAGAUGCUUAUAUUUUCAAAAAUCAAUGUUUACUCUUCCUCAUCUAUCUAUUUGCAAUACGUAAAGAUAUACUGUACUAAAUUUAAUUUGGAAUCACUUUGUAAAAGUGCCAUUUUAAGUAAUCAAGAUGUAAAUAAUUUUUUAAAUGAAGUUUUUCAGCUUGUGAAGCUGUAAGGAAUUGCUUAUUUCGUUCUUAAUAUUUCUCAUGUUUGAUUAGGACACCUGUGUAUCAGUAUAUAGCUUGGACCGCACAGCUAAAGUAAAAAAUUCAGCUAUACCUGUGAUAAUCAAGGUAACAUCGUCGUUUUGAAUUUAUAACUAAUAAUAUUAAAAACCUCUAUUUUAUUUUGCUUUAAGAAUUAAAGGAAUAUUGAGCAUUAUUUGAUGAAUUUGAUUGUUGUGCAACACAUUUGCUGUUGCAGUAUUUAAAGCUGUUUGUGUGAAAUAAGUGUGUGUGGAUGAGAAGAAAAUAUCUAUACGCUCUUGGCUGCGUUUGAAAAAAAUUUGAACCAAUCACUUUAUAAUGUGAGAUAAAUAUUAUCUAUAAAUAUUAACUUAAAGCUAGAUAUUGAUGUUACAUGACAUAUUUCUCAACAUCCAGGAAGUCUAGAAACUAAAGAAUUAAACAAAAUAUUUGUAAUGUACACAGGUUCCCAAUGGAGAAUUGUAUCUAUCACUCUAGCAAAUCGUGUAUACGGUUAUUGCUUCUUUGGUUUUUUAAAUAUUCUACACACUUUAUUUUUGAGGUACUGGAGUUGUCAGCUGGUUCAUCCCUUGGUCAAGAUUUAAAUAUUGACAAACUCAUCCAAAAAUUUUUCAAUGAACUCACAAAACCUCCAUCAAAGCUGGCAUCAACAGGU